AUGUCGAAACAAGACUCUCUCUAUCACAACUAUUUUGGUUCUUCUUCUUCUUCUUCUUCUUCUUCUUCUUCUUCUUCUUCUUCUUCUUCAUUAUUAUCCGUGUUUCUUCAGGGCUUUUCUUCCUUUUUUUCUCCCUCUAUCUUUUUAUCUCUUUUUUUCAUUAUUUUUUUUUUUUAUCUAUUAUCUAUUUCUUUUUAUUUUUAUUUCUCUCGCCAUCUAUCUGUCUAUCUAUUACGCCUGUUCAUAUCUAUCUAUCUAUCUAUCUAUCUAUCUAUCUAUCUAUCUAUCUAUCUAUCUCAUUUGUUCAUUUCCUUAUUUCUUUCUUUAAUCUAUUUUUUAUUUUUGCUCCUUCACUCAUUUUCUUUCUUCCAAUACCUUUUCUUAGUUUCUCCCUUUUCUUCCUUUCUUUCUCUCUUUACUUGUUUGUUUCUUUUUUCCACUCUUUUUCUCACUUCUUCUUCUUCUUCUUCAACCGUAUUUUCUCUUUCCUUUCUCUUUCACACUAUUAUACCUCUUCCUCACUUCCUUUCCCAUAAUCCCAACACUUUCUCCUCUUCCCUUACAGUUCCGGUGGAUUUAGCGCUGAAAGUAUGCAUCUCCCCUUAUUUAUUUAUUUAUUUAUUUAUUUAUUUAUCUAUCUAUCUAUCUAUCUAUCUAUCUAUCUAUCUAUCUAUCUAUCUCGGUAUAUUUAUAUGUCUGUAUUCCGUUGGAUAA